CUGAUGUAACCAAAAGGAAAGAAAAUUCCAAGUAAGUUGAGGGAAGGAAGCUACAAGUUGCAUCUUUGUAUAUCCAUUUCCUGCGUCGACUGGAAACUCAACACCAUUUUGAUGCCAUUUGGUAGCUAAACGCUAUCACAAUGGAAAUCUUUGAUUGUAUCACCUAUUCUACAGGUAGUCCUGGAUAAGUUGGCUUCCCCAGUGUUGGGCGAAAUUCAAGCUUGCCGAGAUUUCAAGACGGAGAUAAUCAAGCUGCAGUAUAAGCUUCCAAUAAUCCAGGCUGUGAUUGAAGAUGCAGAGAAGAGACAACACAAAGACAAGAAGAUCAAGAUUUGGCUUGCAAAGCUUAAAGAUGUCGCAUAUGAUGCUGAUGACCUGUUGGACGAGAUCGGUGCUCAAGUUCUGCAAAUACAGUCUGCGAUUGAGUUUGAACGUCGGCUAAUAGAAAUGGUUGGGAUAUUUGGAACAUGUGAUACGCUGCUUGAGCCGGUAAAGCUAAGACGUAGCAAAUAAAAAACAAGGUAUGGAUGACUCUGACUCUUGAAUCAAUUCUAAAAUACUUCAGAAUGUCUCGUAGGCUGAAAAAAAAAAAGGGAGAGAUUGGAUGAUAUAGCGAGGGAGAUAGGUGACUUCCAACCGACAGAAGUUGUUGGCUAUAAAAGAACUGAUACCAGAGAGAGUAGAGAAACUGGACCUCACAUGGAUGAUUCGGAAGUUUAUGGUAGAAAAGAGGAUGCGGGCAGUCUAGUGGAUACGUUGUUAUCAUCCAACACUAAUGGCUCUGUGAUUCCAAUAGUUGGGAUUGGGGGGAUUGGGAAGACAACACUUGCGCAACUAGCCUACUGUGACAAGAGAGUUGCCAGCCAUUUUGAUUUGAAGAUGUGGAUCUCUGUGUGUGAUCAUUAAUCCAAAAAAGAUCAUGGCUGAAAUGUUGCGUUAUGCAACUGAGAGUAAGGGCGAUUCAACAAUACAAUUGGGUUUGCUUCAAUCUCAGUUAAGAGAAGCAUUGUGUGGAAAAAUAUUCUUACUUGUGUUGGAUGACGUAUGGAAUGAUGAUCAAGAUGAAUGGGAUAAAGUAAGGAACAUGUUAGCAAGAGCUACAGAUGGAAGCAAAGUUAUUGUCACCACUCGUAGGCAGAAAGUAGCAUCCAUAAUGAGCAAUACUCGUCCCUACCAAUUGGAAGCCCUGACUAACGAUGAUUGUGGGACUUUGUUCAAGAAGCGAGCCUUUCCAGAUGGAGAAGAAAAUCUUUACCCAUAUCUGUUACCUAUCGGAAAAUAGAUUGUAGAUAAGUGCAAAGGACUUCCUUUGGCAGCCAAAGUUCUUGGGAGCUUAAUGCGCUUCAAAAGAAAGGAAAGAGAAUGGUUAAAUGUGCAGGGGAGUGAAAUAUGGAAUCUUGAUGGAGGGGAGAAUGGAAUACUAUCUGUCCUAAAGUUAAGCUUCAAUCAUUUGCCGCCACAUCUAAAGCAAUGCUUCGCAUACUGUGCAGUGUUUCCUAAAAAAUAUGGGAUAAGCAAGGAAAAGUUGAUCCGACAAUGGAUUGCAGAAGGCUUAAUUCAGAUUUCUACUCGUGCAUCUCUUGAUUGUUCGCAUCCAACUUUGGAAGACAUUGGAAAUGACUAUUUUAGUGAUUUACUGGAGAUGUCUUUUCUGGAAGAAGUGAAAACAUAUGAUGACCACAGUGGCACCACAGAGUUUAAAUUCAUGAUCUUAUUCAUGACCUUGUUAGAUCUGUUGCUGGGGAAGAAUUCUUGACUGUGGGGGACACUAACCAGCAAAGAAUUCAGACACAACAUCAUCUGAUGCCAGUAAUUUCUAAUGGUUUUGCAAAACGUCGGCAUGCAUUGGUUGAUGGCAAUUUCAGCUUCCACGUAAUGCCUGAACCCUUGUGCAGUGCAAAGAAAUUGCAUACCCUAAAUUUGUUGUCUUUAGGAGAUAUAAGUGAAAAAGGGAUCAGAAAUUUAAUUUCCAGCUUCAAGUUCCUCAGAAUCCUGAAUAUCAGUGGAUCAGGAAUAAAGAAACUGCACAAAUCCAUUGGUGACUUGAUAUUCUAGAGAUAUUUGGACCUCUCCAACACUCCAAUUGAGAGGUUACCAGCAACUGUCUGUCGUCUCUUCAAAUUGCAGAGAUUUGAUCUAUCAGGCUGUGGUAGUCUUCACGAGCUACCUAAAAGAAUGUUUAAGAUGGUAGACCCGAGACAUCUGAAUAUAAAAGAUUGUACAGGACUCACUCACUUGCCAGACUAUAUUGGCUUAUUGAAGAAUCUUCAAACCUUGCCACCAUUCAUAGUUGGUCAACGAAUUGAAAAUGGCCUUUUUCAGCUAAAUUCUCUACGUCUUCAAGGUGAAUUGAAAAUGGAACACCUUGAGAAUGUAUCUUUAUACAAUCUACCUAGACAUUUUGAUUGGAGGAAAAGGUCUUUUUUGAGUGAUACCGAACAGCCCUUUUUGAAUGGUGGGAAACUUUACUCAUUGGCACUCUCAUGGGGUGAUAUUAAUGCAAGUAAGCUGAAUCGCUACAUGCCAGGGCAAUUGAGACAAACAGAAAAUGAUAGAAGUAUUUCUGCGGAAACCAUAAUUGAUAAAUUGCGGCCUAACAAUGAUAUAAGAAGGUUGCUCAUAAAUGGAUAUCAGGGAACUCGGUUUCUAAACUGGAUGAAUUUAAAUACUCUCGGUGAUCUGACGAGGCUUGAGUUAUUCAAUUGCCCAAGAUGUGAAAGUCUCCCCACAGUAGGAGAAUCGCCAGCCCUCAAGGUUCUCCAUAUCCAAGGAAUGGAUUCUGUACUAAGGAUCAGUCGCGAGUUUUAUGGUGAAGGCAGGAGGCCAUUUUCAUCACUGAAUGAGUUGUCCUUGCGAGAUUUCCCUAAUUUCCAAUCUUGGGAGAGCAUAGAUCAAAUGGAAGCAUUCACUUGCUUGAACAGACUAAUCAUCGUCAACUGCCCACGUUUAACUAACAUGCAAUGGUUUUCAUCUCUUCGAUAUUUAGAGAUGAGGAACUGCAAUCCGUUGAUGCUACGAUCAGCAGCAUAGCUACAGUCACUCUCCACUGUUAUUGUUGACAAUUUUCCAGAGCUAGACUUCAUACCAAAAGCACUACUGAGAAACAAGCCACUGCUUCUGUCCUUGACAGUUUGUUCUUGUCCCAAGCUUUGCUCUAUGCCCACAAAUUUUGGGGAACUCCGAGCUUUGAAGUCACUAAGGAUUGGUUGGUGUCAAGCGCUGGAGACUUUGCCACAUGGAUUGAAUAAUCUUAACUCUUUGGAGACCCUGGAGAUUAUUGAGUGUCCCAGAUUAGGCUCUUGGCAGCAUGCAUUGAAGGAUUGAGCUCACUUCGGUCCCUCUCCAUCGAGAACUGUAGUGGGUUCACUUUUUUGCCAAUAUCUAUGCAACACACCACAGCCCAGGAGCGCCUAACUAUUAUGUACUGUUCAAAUCUGCCUUCUCUUCCUGAUGACCUGCAGCAUCUUCCUACGCUUAAAAGUUUGACCAUUUUAAGCUGCCCAGAAUUGGGAUCUCUGCCUGAGGGGCUGAAAUGUGUGACAACAUUGCAAAACCUACAAAUUCAUAGCUGCCUAAAAUUCAUGGAAUUACCAGAAUGGGUGGGACAACUCAUUUCACUCCGAUCUCUAGCAAUCUCAGGCUGCAAAAAUUUCAAGUCAUUGCCAGAGGGUCUUCAACGUCUGAAUGCACUGCAACAUUUGUCGAUUAUAGAUUGUCCUGUUCUUGAAAAUGGGAAAAGAGCUGAUUUGGAGAAAAUAUCUCAUGCACCAUAUGUCUAUCUUGGAUCAUCGGUACUGCAGAAGCAGAAGUGUGACAUUGCUAGCUGCUCUUCAGCUUCAUAGUGGACUAUUGUUCGAAGAUCAAGAAAGAAUGUUGAGUACUGGAAGCAAAUAGGAGAUUACCAUCUGCUGCCUGCACCAGGAAGAAAAGAAAAAAGCAUUGCUACAGGGCUUCAAUUGAAAGAUGCCAAAAGAGGAGACACUGCUUCUGUUUGAUCGGAUCCUGCAAAUAUUUCUAGUUAUAUAUGCCUGUGAGUUUAUAUGCAAAAUAAGGGAUUGAUGAAUCGAUAAUUUUCUCUUGGUUAUUUGUGUGUUUGGAUUGAUGUAAGGUUAAGGUAUAGCAUUCUGUUACUCCCUCUGUCAGUUUGUUUUCUAUGUGGUGCAGCGCCAGUUUUUUUUUAAUGUAUUCAUUGUGAGUUGGU